GGGCGGGGCGCAGUGGGGUGGGGGCGGGGUGCACAGAGGCCACGCCCACGGGGGCUUUAAAAGGUACCCGCGCUCGCCACUGGGUUGCCAGACUCCCGCCGCGGUUUCUGCGACCUGUUCUCGAACGCUCAGCGUGGUCCUCCUUCCGAUUUGAGAUGCCUGUCUGGGGAGGUGGCAACAAGUGCGGGGCCUGUGGGAGGACCGUGUACCACGCCGAGGAGGUGCAGUGUGACGGCCGGAGCUUCCACCGCUGCUGCUUCCUGUGCAUGGUUUGCAGGAAGAAUUUAGAUAGUACAACAGUGGCAAUUCAUGAUGAGGAAAUCUACUGCAAAUCCUGCUACGGAAAGAAGUACGGGCCAAAAGGCUACGGGUACGGCCAGGGCGCAGGCACACUCAACAUGGACCGGGGCGAGAGGCUGGGCAUCAAGCCCGAGAGUGUUCAACCUCACAGGCCGACAACAAAUCCAAACACUUCUAAAUUUGCUCAGAAAUAUGGAGGUGCUGAGAAGUGUUCCAGAUGUGGGGAUUCCGUAUAUGCUGCCGAGAAGAUCAUUGGAGCUGGAAAGCCCUGGCACAAAAACUGUUUCCGAUGUGCUAAGUGCGGGAAGAGUCUUGAGUCAACAACUCUGACUGAGAAGGAAGGUGAAAUCUAUUGUAAAGGAUGCUACGCGAAGAACUUUGGGCCCAAGGGAUUUGGCUACGGCCAAGGAGCAGGGGCCCUUGUUCAUGCUCAGUAGAGGUGCAAACCCAGAACCGAGCAAGAUCACACACUGAGAAUCUCUACAUAAUCUAGGCACAGAUAAUCUAACACUAAACUACUGUGAAAUUCUGCAGUACUGAAGUACUGUAUGUUGCCCUGUACUUGGAUAGGCUGGCUGACUAGUAGGAAGAGAGCACUGUAUCUUUUCGCUUUAUUCAUCAGUAUUUCAAGAACUAUUUCUUUUACAUUUUAAAUAAAACUCCAGCUUGA